GUUUUGUUUACAAAAAAUCUUACUCCCCGUGCGAGGAAUCGGUAAAAGGUGGUGUAAACUCCAAACUAAAAUAUCGAAAUGGCCACAGAAUCCGACUUACUGAGAGACCAAAAUGACAAACUAAAUGAUAUUCCUAGGCAGCAUCAAUUUGAACAUAUUUUCAAACACCUAACUAUACAGAACAGCAUGUCUAAAGGAGGAAGAGGUGAUGUACUAGUAAACUCCGCAGAUGAACAAAGUUCUUUGCCUCCUCUUAUUGUUGAGUAUGAGAAACAUCUGGAAGAACUAAGCAGACAACUGACCUAUUACCAGAAACACAUGGGUGAGAUGAAACUACAACUUGAAACUGUCAUCACUGAAAAUGAAAGGUUGCACAGUAAAUUAAAAGAUGCUGUUGAAAAGCAAUUGGAAGCCCUUCCCUUUGGCACAGGGAUAGGAAAUGAUAUCUGUGCAGAUGAUGAGACUCUAAGGAAUCUUCAGGAACAAUUGCAACUAGCCAACCAAGAGAAAGCUUGGUCUCUGGAACUCUGGCAGACUGCUUCUCAGGAGUUGGAAAGUGUACGGAAACUCUACCAGGAACAUAUGACUGAAGCCCAGAUUCAUGUCUUUGAAAAUCGAAAGCAAAAGGAUCAGCUGAAUAAUUUUCAACAACUAACCAAGAAACUUCAUGUUGCUAAUGAAAACAUAGAAAUGACUAACCAACACUUCCUGAAAACAGUAACCGAACAAAGUAUGGAGAUCGAGAAACUUCGAAAACAUCUUAGGCAAGCCAAGUUAGAUCUGAGAGUUGCAGUAACGAAAGUGGAAGAGUUAACUAAAGUGACUGAAGGUCUUCAAGAACAGAUGCUGAAGAAGGAGGAAGAUAUUAUCUCUGCCCAGGGAAAAGAGGAAGCAUCGGAUAGACGAGUACAGCAGUUACAGUCCAGUAUAAAACAGUUAGAGUCAAGAUUAUGUAUAGCAAUUGAAGAAGCCAACGUACUAAGAACAGGGAAAACACACUUGGAAAAGCAAAUCAAAGAUCUCCAAGCAAAGUGCAAUGAAUCAGAAAAUGAGAAAUAUGAGGCUAUUUCAAGAGCCAGAGAUAGCAUGCAACUCUUAGAAGAAGCUAACCUUAAAAAUAAUCAGAUUCUGCUUGAAGAGAAGCAAAAAGAAGAUGACAGAGAGAAAAUGAAGAAAACAAUUUCCCAACUUAUUCAGGAUGCCUCCAUAAAAGCAAGAAAAGAAGUUGAAAGCACAAAAAAACAGUAUGAAAUACUGAUUUCACAAUUAAGGGAAGAACUUUCUGCUCUUCAGAUGGACUGCGAUGAAAAGCAGGGUCAAAUCGAUCGAGCCAUUAGAGGGAAAAGAGCUGUGGAAGAAGAACUUGAGAAGCCUCUUCCUCAGAUUUACCGUGAAGGCAAGCAGGAUGAAGGUGACUACAGAAAACUGGAAGAAAUGCACCAAAGAUGUCUUGCUGCAGAACGCUCAAAAGAUGAUCUUCAGCUAAGACUAAAGAGUGCAGAAAAUAGAAUAAAACAACUUGAAAUUAAUUCUUCAGAAGAGAUAUCACGGUCCCAUGAAAUGAUCCAGAAACUUCAAACUGUACUGGAGUCUGAGAGAGAGAACUGUGGCUUUGUCAGUGAGCAAAGGCUGAAGCUCCAGCAAGAAAAUGAGCAACUACAGAAAGAGACUGAGGAUUUAAGAAAAAUUGCUCUGGAGGCCCAAAAAAAAGCAAAAUUAAAGGUCAGUACGAUGGAGCAUCAGUUCUCAAUAAAGGAACAUGGGUUUGAAGUUCAGUUGAGAGAGAUGGAGGACAGUAAUCGGAAUUCCGUUGUUGAACUGAGGCAUCUGUUGGCAGCUCAACAAAAGGCAGCCAAUAGGUGGAAAGAAGAAACAAAGAAACUUACUGAAAGUGCAGAAAUGAGGAUCAGCAGUCUAAAGAGUGAGCUGAGUCGACAGAAACUUCAUACCCAGGAGCUACUUUCUCAGCUGGAAAUGGCAAAUGAAAAGGUAGCUGAGAAGCAAGAAAGUGUCUAUAGUGUUGGCUUCUUGGGAGACUCUUACCACCUUCCUCCCAGCUCUUGCAGCUCUGAGCAUUCCUUGGCUUGUGGGCUUGUGGAAGGGAUGCUCUAUCUUCACAGCAUCUUCCUUAAUGAAAAGUUAAUUCUGGAACAUCAAGAAAAGGCAAACAGACUUCAAAGACGUCUAAGUCAGGCAGAAGAGAGAGCUGCUUCAGCAUCCCAGCAGCUCAGUGUGAUUACAGUGCAGAGAAGAAAAGCAGCCUCCAUGAUGAAUCUGGAAAAUAUUUAAACAUAUUCAUAGUUCACUGACAGAACUGUAGAGUUGGGAAAGCUGUUGUACCAAAAUGCAUUGACAUGGAGAAGCCUGCGGAGAAUGGUGAAAGCUUGUGUCAUUUUGCAUAAGCAUUUUCCAUUCUGUUUUGAGGGUUAUUGGAAAACAGAACAGUGACAGCUUCCUGUAAGUAAAAAAAAAUAUAUAUAUAUAUAUAUAUAUAAUCCUAUACUUGAGAUUCAGUGGAGAAUAAAACCAGCUGAGAAGAACA